AUGGCUUCCAAGAUGUUUCUCCCUUUGAUUGCUUUAAUCUCUGCUUUUGUCUUACUCUCUUCAACUAUCAAUGCUCAAAAAGCAGGUCCAUGCGAUUUAGGUGAAAAGAAAGGAUUGAUCGUAUACUUCGAUUUAUCGGCAUGCGACGCAACUCUUCGUUCAAGAGUUGAACCUCGUGCUAUUCGUUACGUCAAAAAAGAACCUCAUCUAUAUGCAGGUUUAAAAGAAGCACCAAAUACGAUUUGUAUUCCAGAUGCUGAAUUUCAAGCAAACUUUUACCUUGAUGAUGGUAAACAAAGUGCUGCAGUUUCAAGCAUUAACGUUCAAAAGACCGCAACGGGCGUUCAGGCAUUUUAUCAAACUCAUUCUGAUGAUCAACCUUUUCAUCCGGGCACUCGUCCACAUUUACCAGUCAUCGCUCCUUUGGCAAACAUUCGUUUCGCUGAUACACCUCAAAGUCAUCCAAAGAUUAGCGAAACUUCCACUGCAAAUGAUGUCUUGACGUCAAGCAAUCCUGCCAAUGCUCUCUACAUCUACUACUGCUCUGAAGCUUGA